AUGAAGCUGGAGAUCUUCGCUCCGCGAUACGAGGAAAAGCUCAGCGGCAACAGCGUCAGCGACCAGGAAGGCAGCAGCGAAGCUUCCCCGCGGGCCGCCGAGAGCGAGCUGGGCUCCGACGGGGAUUGCGCGGCGCUUAGUCCGGCCAGUGGUUGCGCAGGCUCUCCCCGGCAGGGCCCCGAGCCUUCGCCUUCGCCUUCCCCGGGAGGCGAGUGUAAAGCGGCCGCAGGGCUGUCUGGAAAGCCGUACACGCGCCGCCCGAAGCCUCCCUACUCCUACAUCGCCUUGAUCGCCAUGGCCAUCCGGGAUUCGGCCGGGGGCCGCUUGACCCUGGCGGAGAUCAAUGAAUACCUGAUGGGUCGCUUCCCUUUCUUUCGCGGCGCCUACACGGGCUGGCGCAACUCGGUGCGUCACAACCUGUCGCUCAAUGACUGCUUCGUCAAGGUGCUGCGAGACCCGGCCCGGCCGUGGGGCAAGGACAACUACUGGAUGCUCAACCCUAACUCCGAGUACACGUUCGCCGACGGCGUCUUCCGCAGGAGGAGGAAGCGGCUCAACCGUCCGGGGCUCCCUCCGGCCGCCGGGGGCUCCCCCUCGGCUCAGCCGUCCCCCCCGCCGGCUUCCCCGAGUGCCGAUCAGAAGUCCCUGUCGGGGGAAUCGGGCGUGGGGCCCGUCGGUGGCGCCUCGGCCGUCGGCACGAAAUUCUCCAGCCCCUUCGCCAUCGAGAGCAUCCUGAGCCGGCCGUACCAGCCUUCCGAGCCGCAGCCGCGGCCCCCCGCGAGGCCAGUGGGGGAACGGGCGGUGGCGUGGGCCGCCCCCCCGAGCUAUUCCCGGCUCCUUGCUCAUCCGGCCGUCUCUUACGGCGUCGUCCCUGCUUUCCCUCUGGCGGCGGCCUCCGCCGUUUACCACUACGGCCUCCCCGAUCCUCUGCUGCUAGAGUCCUCCAAGGGCAAGGCUUUGAGUGACCGCCAUCCGCACCAGCCCUUCCACGCGAGACCCUCGUCUUUCUGCUCUCCCCGGCUUUCGUCGGCGCAGUUACAGACGCUGGGCUUUUCUCAGCUCUACUGCCCCCUCCGGCUGCCCAGCUCAUUGCAGCAGGUAGCCACCAGUCACAACACCUACCGGCCUUACAAUACAUCAGAGACUCUAUCGGUAUAA